AACACAUAGUUUGUCAUUAAUUUGACUAUCCACAUAUCUUGUGAAUGCCUUCAAACUCAAUCGGCUUCACUUUACUACUAUCUAAAACUUUCGCUUACAAACACUCAUUUUUUUCUGUUGUAAAAAUAAAAAGCGUGUCGCAGCAAUCUCUGCUAAGAACUGUCGCAAUAUUCGAUUUCAAUUUCCGGCUUAAAAUAUUUGUUGACUGAUUUGUGUUUUUCGGAACAACAAGGGACUAACGAAGAAUUAUGACCAUCUAUUAUGCCUCCGAAGUAGCUACGUGUAGAGGGUUCGGCUGUUUCCCGAAACUCUUGCUGAGAUGGCGCGCCAGUAUUUAUAAGCUAUUAUGGGUGGAUUUGGUCAUUUAUAUACUUAUUUAUUAUAGUCUGAAUUGCUGUUAUAUGUUCUUAUUUACUGCUGCCCAGAAGAAGGUUUUUGAGGAUUUAGUUUCCUAUUGCUAUCAGAGAGCGAGUUUGAUUCCAGUGAUAUUCGUUUUGGGUUUCUUUGUGUCUCUUGCUGUCCAGCGGUGGUGGGCUCAGUAUAUGACGUUACCAUGGCCUGAUAGUACUGCUGUUUAUGUCAGCGCUCUGGUUACCGGUCAAGAUGAACGAGGCCGUUUAAUGCGGCGAACAAUAAUGCGUUAUGUAUGUUUAUCGCAUACGCUCGUAAUGACUAUGAUAGCGCCGCGUGUCAAACGGCGUUUUCCUAAAUUAGAAUAUAUAAAAGAUGCCGGGCUCUUAACUGAAAACGAAAUGAAAAUAUUCAAAGGAAUGAUUGAGAAAUUUGGUUACCAACAUACCUAUUGGGUUCCGAUAGUGUGGGCAACAAGCAUCGUGACAAGAGCCCGAAAGGAGGGACGUGUACGCGAUGACGCUUCGUUAAGAUCCUUGAUUGAUACUCUUAACGGCUUUCGCGGAAUGCUAAUGGUUUUGCUUUUUUACGACACAAUUAGUAUACCAUUAGUCUAUACUCAGGUAGUAACCAUAGCUGUGUACACUUUCUUUGUGGCUACUGUUUUGGGACGUCAGUGGACGCCAAGAAGUGAUGCCGAUGGCGUUUAUAACUUGGUAGAUCUCUUUUGUCCCAUAAUCAGCUGCUUGGAGUUUUUAUUUUUUAUGGGCUGGCUUAAAGUAGCCGAAUCUUUAAUUUCUCCUUUUGGUGAUGAUGAUGAUGAUUUUGAGUUAAAUUGGUUAAUUGAUCGUAAUAUUCAAGUAUCAUAUUUAAUAGUCGACGAAAUGCAUCACGAUCAUCCUGAGUUGGUCAAAGAUCAAUACUGGGACGAAAUAUUUCCUAUGAAAAUACCUUUAGCACAUGACGUUGAGCAAGGCAAGGUGCAUGUGCGUUUCGAAGAGCCACCUAAACAUUCAACUGCUAAAAUGUAUACUUCCCGUUAUCCUUCAAAUGUUAGUUAACAAAUGUAAAAUGUAUUUAAGAAAAAACAAAAAAUUUCAAACGGCAAACACUUUCUAGGAGUCAUUUUCUACCCUAGGGCG